AUUAGUUAUCGUCGAACAUUCGAUUCCCUGUCGCCUGCAGCUGAUGCCUUGGUACUUUCUUGAACACCCUUGGGACAACUUCUAAGAUGGCUGGCGAGCGGGUCAAUCCGGGUCAAACAAUAUAGGUCCUUCUUCCUCUAACAAGCUCAAGGAAAUAUGGACAGACACUCAUGUUGCAGGUAAAGAGAAUGUGGCCAUAGCGAGCAGACGACUCAAAUUUGGCUCCCCCUGGUUCCAUGAGAUCUCACUCAACACCCAGGGACAGACUCAACUCUACUUCACGCCAAGUCAUCGAAAGCAUGUCUGGCGCGUCAGAUCAAUGGACACAGGACAAGCCUGAUCGAAGGCCCUUCAAGGACGACAUCUCCAGCGCACAAAUCCUAGCAGCCCUACAACAAGGUGCUCUACAAGCCACGCCCACCCCUACCCCUCAACAAUCCGUGAGCUUGGCAAACAAGAAGAAGAAUGAUGGAGAAUCAAGCGUCGCUCCGCCGUGGUGUAUCACAAAACGUCCCUCAAGCAGUCUUACGGAGGGUGCCGGGGAGACAAAUGAACCAUCAUCACCGUCGUCUGGUGAGAUCGAUGAGCAGCCUCAGCGCUCUGCCCACACAACAACCUCGACUCCUCCCAGUACAGCAACAGCAACAGCAGCAACGGCUGUAUUGACUAAGAAUCAACGAAAAAGACGAAACCACAAAGCCAACCAAAAGACAAAACAAGCCACACUGCAGCAAGAACGGCAGGUUGAAGAAGAAACCCGUACCUUGCUCCUACAAGAAAUGGAUCGAUGGCUCAAAGCGGAGCAAGAAGAAUGUUUGAAAAUGCAGCAUUGGAUGAUGUAUGGCGGUGGUUUAUCGCAGGAAGCGCAAAAACAAGGGGUGUCGAGGACGCAAGCUUGGUUGUUGCAGAUUCAGGAACGGCGAUUGCAGUUAGAGCGAUGGCAUGCUGGUGCUCCCAUCAAGAAGAUUAAUGAGUCGCCUGUGAUGAAAGGAGAUGAGGAGAUCAAGACUGGGCGUCAGACGAGCAUGUGAGGGAAGGAAGGAAAAGUGCAGAAACAUCUUUUCUACGAGAUU